CCAAGUGACCUUAAGGUUUAUUACAAAAUACAUAAAUAAAAUCGUUUUGUAUCGUUUCCUUAAAUAAAAUGAAAUCCAAAUAAUUGUUAAAUAUAAGAUUGUCCAUAAUUUCAUUAUUCCUCUUAAGUAGUAAAUAAAUUCAUUCAAAUGGCCUAUACAGAAAAGGUGUCACUUAAUGGCACUGCGCUUUCUUUUUUACUGUAUGAAUGUUUAAAUUCCUCCAACAGCCAAGAAGGAUUUUUGAUUGGUGAUGUGACGUCGGAGAUUAGAAACCAUAUAUCCGAUUCUCAUAACGAUAGCGCUCGCUUAGACACUGAAAUAGCAAUAAGAACGGUAUUACCGUUACCAUCAGUUUCAUUGUUUUACCUACCCUCAGGUGGAAUUAAGGAAGAUUUUAUUAAAGAGUUACUCUCUAAUGCUGCUAGUGAAGUUGUAGGUUGGUACAAGUACCGUAGAAAUAGUAGUUUAAAAGCUACAUUUCGGGACAAAUUAAUAUCCAAAGGACUGCAGAAAUAUUUUGUUAAAUAUCAUGGAAAGAAAACAUUUGUUACUUGUAACCUAUCAUCAAAAGCUACAUUAGGAGGCUCAACUCAUACAUUAAUUUAUAGAUUCGGAAAAAUUAAUUGUUUUGAUAUGUAUGAAUAUAUUGAAGAUGUAACUGCUAAUUUGGGUGAAAAACUAACUGGAUAUAAAAAGGUAAAUAGAUUAUCACCCCAUUGUAUAUUUAACAAAAUAGUUAAAGAAAGCAAAGUUUGCGGCAAUAAUACUAAUGAUGCAAUAUUGAUAAUACAAGAAGCUGUAGAUGUUAGACUAAUUGAAGAAGCAAGAGUUGCUGCCAAAAAUGAAGCUACCUUAAGAGAGUUGGAGGCUGAAAUAAAACAAAUGAACUCGAUCUUAGCUGAAAAACAAGCAGCAGAUUUAGAGACAGCUUACAACAAAUUACUGAAUGAUAAAUAUAUAGAUAAAGAAGUAGAAAUGGUUGAUGCUUGUAUAGAGGCUUUGAAUUCGACUCCCUCAAUUGAUUUGCUCAGCACACCAAACAUAGUAAUAAGUAAUAGUCAAAACAUAACAGACCGGGGAAAUUCUAUACAAGAAAUUGAAAAUAAUGUGAUUGAGAGAUCUCCUAGUCCCUCGUUACCAUCAAGUUCUAAAUCACCAAUAUUAAAUUAUGCUUCUGCUUUGAAAAAGAAAACCACUGAAAGUAAUACUUGUAAAAAAGCCAAUAAUUGUGAUGAUUUAAUAACAUUUGAUGUUGAAGAAAAACCAGUACAAAAGUCAAUUAUUGUAAUAAAUGACAAUGCAACAUGUUUUGGUGGGAGUUCACCGGAGUUAUAAGUGCCUUAGGAGUGUAUCAUUACGGUUACCCAUUACUACUUAAUAUUUUCCAUUGUGUUAAAAUAAACUUCUUCACAUAUAUCUAGUGUUAAAUAUAUUGUUAAUUUUGACUGUUAGAACAUAUCUUAAAUAAUAUGUAUUUCAUAUUAUUGUAUCUUAAAAAUAACAUUGAUAUUCAUAUUUUAAAUCACAUUCAUUGUACAUAAUCAUCUCGAAAGAAUAACAUGUUAAUCCUUUAUAUUAGGAUGUGACAAUUAUGAAUGUUAUUUUUCUAAUAAAGAAUCUUGCAAAUA